CCUCUUACUACUACCACUACUAGUACUAGUAGUGGUACUCCACUCGCUUAGUCGAGACUCGACUAUACAUAACUAUACCCAAUUUACCUCCCACCCUACGGAGUACAUUCCUCCCCCCCCCCCCACGAAUUCGGCCCGACGAGACGACUCGGUAAUUCGUGAUUGACCCUUUCCCUCCUGUUCUUCCUGACAUAGCAUGCGAUUCUCCCUAUAAAACAUCCCCUCAAUGGAUGAGGGCUCCGAUCUCAAAGUCCCUCGACGCAAGAGGGUGUCGAGAGCCUGCGACAGGUGUCGAAGCAAAAAGGACAAAUGCGACGGCCUGCGUCCUUCUUGUUCUGCCUGUCAGGCUUCUGGCCAGCCCUGCUCCUACGAUCCCCACGCCAAAAAACGGGGCUUACCCGAAGGAUAUGUCCGCGGCUUGGAGAAGCUCUGGGCGCUGGCGAUCUGCAACAUCGAUGGCUUCGAAGAUACCAUGCUCAACCUCUUGGGUACCACCGCCGAAUCCGCUGGCCGGAGAAAGAGAAUUGUGUCUCUCUGGGCUGACGGCGGCGCAUCAGAGACCCUGCAUGAGUCCUGGAAAACGAGCCGCCUCUAUGGCGCGCUCGAGAAGAUGCUGUCGUCAACCGCCUCCCAUUCCCCCGCACACGGCUCGCACAAACGCUCCCGCGACGACCAUGACCAUUUCCUGCAAGAUACUGGAACUGAAUGGGGAUUCCGUAUAGACCGCAGCUCCACACCCCUGUCGCACGAUGCCCCACACGUAGUCGAACCAACCGCUUCGCCACGGGCCAAAAGAGCGCGAAUAUCAAUCCCCGCAGACAGUCGGCCUAUAUUACAAACCCCGAAUGGCCUGUUGCUGCAGCAGCAGCAGCCGCCGCCGCCACUGCAAUUACCUCCUCAGGCCUCUCAAUUACUUGAUACCUAUUUUGCCGUCACCCACUCCUGGUUCCCAAUCGUCGCAAAGCACAACAUCCUCCGAGCUUCCUAUCUCUACGUCAAUGCACCUCUAUCUGUCGCAAAUCUCUCUCCGGGAUCGGGAGACCAUGCUGCUCUGUGGGCGCUCCUUAGUUACACCAUAUCGCUAUCCCGAUCCCACUCUCAGGACGGAAUACUGGGAGUUCUUUCCAAAACCAAGGAAUAUUAUGCCAUUGCCCAAAGUCUGAUCCCCACCGAAACGAAGCGGUACGAACUCGGGCAUGUCCAAGCUCUUUUACUGCUAACUCUAGUGAGCAUUGGCCUUGAGGACUGGACCGCAGCUUGGAUGCUCAGUGGCCAAGCUGUUCGCAUGGUUAUUGCCAUGGGCAUCGGGACCUCCACGGAACCCCGAAGAUCCGAGGGACUGAGACAGGGUAAAGCCGUCUUCCUCGGAUGCUUUGUUGUUGACUCUUUGUUAUCAUUCCGCAUGUCUCGACGCCCAAGCAUGCACCCGCGGGACCUGGCCACAGUCGGCUUAUUAGAUGAAGACGGCUUGGAAGAGUGGAAUUCCUGGGUUGAUGUCUUACCACCUACGGGCGCUGCGCAAGGGAAGAAUCCGCCCUGUCGCGGUCCUCUCCUCGCUCUCAGCUGUUUCAACAGGCUGGUGGAACUAUCAAGCGUCUUGAACAAGAUCGCUCGGGAUUUCAUAGCGGGACCCAACGCCCACAUCGUCGCCCACCAACUGGUCCUAGAGCUCAAGCAGUGGGAUGAUCGUCUACCUCUGGGAUGUCGUCUUAUUGGGCCCGAGAGCAUCUAUCCCGAACGUCACUCCGCGUUGCUCCCACAUCAAACCUACCUAGGUUUAACCUACGUAGCCACACUAUUAUGGCUUUACUUGCGAAUCGCCCCUCACGAACUUGGUUUCCACCGUUCUCAACGGCCCGCAACCGAGGGAGCAAAGAAACUCCUCUUCCGGGCCCUUCCGAUGAUCUCCCAACAUUUGCAGAACUUCAAGAUCUGCAGCUUGCCGCCUAUAUUCGAAUUCGCCUUGCGCACUAUCGCCCAGCAAGCGUUCACCCUUCGCAAUAAGAUCGAAUGUGACAUUUUUCCGUUCGGACGCUGGGCAGACGUCCUCGUCCAGCGGACGACAGAGCUCAGCUCCACCUGGCCGGUUUAUCGUACGUUAGUCAACAGUAUCGAGCAAUGGUAUCGCGCCAAGGAUACAUCCCGAUCUCCCUCUCGGUCAUUCCAAAUCCAGGAUGUAGAGAGAGGAAUCAACAUGGCCUUCCACAAAAGCCCCUUCCAAAACGUCGUCUCCAGACCCGCGACAGAACCCCAAAGUCUGAGCGAUGACCCUCCUGUACCCGCGCAGACAAGAAAAAACGCCCCCGAUUUAACCGAUACCGACUACACCUCCUCUAUCCUUGGCAUCCCGAUUCCAGUCGACGGGCAAUACAUGACACCAAAGGACACCACCAUGGAAAACGCCGACCCAUCCGCCAUUGAGUUGUCCUUCCAGUCUCAGUUGGACGGAGCGACGGCCACGGUAGAUAAACCGGACCCCGCAAGCGACCUCGACGCGAUGCUUCCCCCUGCUCCUCACCCUCACCCUCCCACCCCCGACUCCUCCGUCUCUAAUGCCAUGAUGUCCGGUCCUACUUCAUCCACCACCACCACAGUUACCAACGACCGCUCCGCAGACAGCAACCCAAAAAACCUACCCUCCACCGCCAACUCCAACUCCAACUCCAGCGUGAGUAGUGGUGGCAUUGACGCCAUCUUCAAAGACCUCGCGUACCUAGAUACCACCCAAUGGGCAACAGGCCGCGAAGCCAGCCUCAAGGACUUCGGCUUCCUAGACGACUCCACCUUCCAGGCGUUCUGCCACGACCCGGACCGUCUCGCCGGUUCUCAGCCAUUAGUGCAUCCGCCUUCGAUCGCGGAUAUCUGGCCUCCCCCGGGCUUCUUUCCCGAGACCUUUCGCGAUUUCGCCGACGCAUCAACCGAAGCUUAGCUUGGCUUGGCUUGGCUUGGCUUGGCUUGGCCAUAAAAUAAAACACACCACACUGACCAACCUUACCAACCUUUAAUGAGAAAGAAGAAGAGAAAGUCCAUCUAUCUCGCAUCUGGAUCGUUCAAUUGUCGAUCGAGUUCCCCUCGGCUAAUCCCCAUCCAUUGCCAUCACCAUCACCAUGACCAUGACCAUGACACCCAGCAACCUCAUUUUGAUUCUGUUUUCGUUCUCUUUAUGAUACCCACUUGUGAGAGUUGGAUAUUGGAUUGGAUAUUUGGCUCGUCAAUCAUCAUAUACCUAACUGGUUUUCGGCAUUGUACAUAGUAUUUUUUAAAGUAACCCGGGCUAUACAUAUAUAUUUUUAGAGGCUUUUCUAUGAAAUUAUGUUCUUGUACGAUUGUUC